AGAGCGCGGUCGGCCGGCGGGGCGCGGCGCGGCGCGGCGGCGCAGCAGGCACCAUGGCCCGGAGCAGGGCGCUGCUGCUCCUGCUGCUGUUGCCGCUGCAGCUGCAGCUGGGACCGGGGCUCGCCGUGAGGGCCCCGGUGUUUGGCCGAAGUGGAACCCACAGCCUGAGACCUGAAGAGAAUGAAUUCGUGGAGGAGGAGCCGGUGCUGGUCCUGAGCCCUGAGGAGCCGGGGCGCGGCCCGCCCACCAUCGACUGCCCCCGAGACUGUGCCUGCUCCCAGGAGGGGGUCGUGGACUGCGGCGGCAUCGACCUGCGCGAGUUCCCGGGGGACCUGCCUGAGCACACCAACCACCUGUCCCUGCAGAACAACCAGCUGGAGAAGAUCUACCCCAGGGAGCUUUCCCGGCUGAAUCGUCUGGAGACUCUGAACCUCCAGAACAACCGCCUGACUUCCCGAGAUUUCCGUCUCCUGCAAAAAUCUGUUAUGCUGACCACCAGGAAGAGGUUAGUGUGA